UACAAGUGUAGAAAUUCAUUGUCAGGCUGAAGGCGUUUGAUCUGAGUUAGAUCUGCAAUUUCUGCUGUUGAUAUUUAAAAUCUUCCAAGCAGAUGGUACGUGAAGAGUAUAUUUCAGCAACCCCAGGUACUGACGUACAGAGACCAGACCCUCAGUAUACCUACAAUGUUGGCAUUUAUGGCUGGAGAAAACGCUGCCUUUAUUUAUUUCUCCUCCUCUUGAUCAUCAUCCUAGUUGUGAAUCUUGCUCUGACAAUUUGGAUUCUUAAAGUAAUGUGGUUUUCAACAGCUGGAAUGGGAUACCUACAGGUUAAUAGCGAUGGGCUUCGUCUGGAAGGAGAGUCUGAAUUUUUAUAUCCAUUACAUGCCAAAGAAAUUCACUCUAGAAAGGAUUCACCCUUACUUUUGCAGUCUUCUCAUAAUGUGACUUUGAAUGCACGCAAUAGUGAUGGAAAUGUCACAGGCAGAUUAAGCGUAGAUCUGGAUAUGGUACAGUUUCAUAGUCAACUAUUUCAGAUCAACUCUGUGAAUUUUGAUGAAAAACCUCUUUUUACUGCGCAUGACAGUGACACUGCAAUUGGUACAGAGAAACUUCGAGUCACAGGUCCAGAAGGUGCCCUUUGCGAACAUUCUGUAGAAACACCACUUGUUCAAGGUGUGGGAGAAGAUGUCAAAAAUCUAACACUUAAACUCGAAUCACCAACCCGAUCUCUCACCAUGAAUGCUCCGAGAGGAAUUCACAUCAAAGCAGAAAAUGGAGAUCUUAUCGGACUCUCUCAUUUGGAUAUCGCAUUCCAUAGUACCAAUGGGAUGAUCAUUGAUGCUCAAAAUUUGCUACUGCCAGAUUUGCUUCAAGGAACAAAUGGAGAAUCCGGGACAUCUGAAGGACUCUAUGAAAUUUGUGCUUGCCCAGAUGGAAGGUUAUACUUAUCGGUGGCUGAUGUAGUUUCUACUUGCUUACAACACAGUCGUGAUUGUCAAUAAAGCACUAGAACACAACUGGAUUUCCCUUGGCAUCCUUUCUUGGUUUGUAAAACCACCAAAUGGAAGAUUUGGAUAAUGUAAUUCAAUUGCUUGGAAAACAUGACUGAUUUUAGGUUUUAUCAGAUAUCAGGUGGAUAAACAUAUGAUUUGUCAUUUGUAGCUUGCACUCCUCCUUUCUCUUCGUCUUAGGUUUCUUGAUUAUAUUAUCUUUUCUGCUUUGUUACUUUGGCUUUUUAACUACAUGCAGUCCUCAACUUGUCUAUCACAAAUGGGACUGGAAUUUCCAUUGCCAGGUGAUGCAAUCAUUAAGUGAAUCACAACCGAUUUCAUGAGGUUUUUUUUUUUUUUUGCUGUGAUCAUUGAGCAAAUCAUUGUGAUCAUUAAAAAAAUCUAGGGUCUCCCAUUGACUUACUUGUUGGAAGCCCCUUGGGGAGGUCCCAAAUGGUGAUGACCUGAUCUGAGUUAUAAAUACAUGCUGGGUGCCAGGCACUCAAAUUUUGAUCACAUGACCACCGGAGCACUUCAGCAGUCUUGAGUUCAAGGGCCGAUCGUAAAUCCAUUUUUCCACUGUUAAGUUCAAACAGUCAUUAAAUAAAUAUAAGUUGAGGACUACCUCCUGUAUUUAACAAAAAUUGAGUAGAAAAGAAUUCAGGUUCUUGAAUAGGAUGCUUUCCUUUCAGUCUUAUUAUCUUCGUCUUCUAAGAAAACAUCCAUAUCCACUCCGGCAGCUAUUUUAUGAAUCUUUUUGUUGCAGAUACUUUUAAUCUUGUUCACUGUGCCUGUUGAGUUUUAACAAUUUAAAGUCUUGUUUAAAUGAAUCACCUAUUUUGCUUCUGUAAGAACUCCAAGGUCAUCAGUGAUAGAAUAGCAAUUUACUGCCAAAAUCUACUGAUAUUUUUCAGGGGAUUGUUUCAAGACCUUCCUUAUUUAUCAAGCUUUAACAGAAAUGUGAAAAAGAAACUUUGAACAAUCUGCAUAUUUUGGUAACCUGCCAAAUGAGUCAAGAUGACUAAACAUCUCAAUAAUCCAAACAAAGUGUUUCAAUUUAAAAAUAAAGCUGUUAUUUAUGUUGUGUAUAGGGCAGUAGGAUUAUGCUGUAAGCCCUAUGUAUUCUCAUAACACUAUUUUUCUUUUAGGUUUCUUCAUCUUCACUCGCCCCAAACCCUAUCAAUAAGCAGAAUGCUCUUUGGGUUAUCCUCUAGUAGAGUUACUAAGUGCUAGGAAACAAAUGUGAAUUUGUCUUGGCAUACCUGACAGUGGCUAUGUCUAAAGAGUUGGAACUAAGUAAGGGAACAGCGGGGGGAAAAGCUGCCAAGUUAGCUACUUUGAAAUUAUUCCUUGGUUGGAUUUGUUAAUCAUUUCACAGCUACCCCCAAACCGGUAACUAAAAAUAUAUUUUUCAGAGUAUAAGACGCUCUGAAGUAUAAGAUGCACCUGGCUUUUGGGGAGGAAAACAAGGAGAAACAAUCUGCCUCUGCCUCCUAGCAAUUUGCCUCUUUGCAACAAACAACAAUCAAUACCAAUGA